UCGUUUAAAAACAAAUUUUAAUUAAUUUAAUUAAUUUGAUAAAUUGUGAGGUUUAAAUAUUGACAUUUAGGAUUUCAAGUCUUAAAAGCAUAAUAUAAUAUAAUUUAAAUCUGUAUGAUUUAGUUUAAAAAAAUGAGUAAUUUGCACGAUACUAAAGUCAAUGUUUCAACGAUUAAAAGAGUAAAGGAUCAUAAACUUCGACGCAAUCAUGAAGAGACGAAUCCAUGUAUGAAGGAGCAUAACUUAUCUUUAAAAUGCUUAGAUGAUAACAAUUAUGUUCACGAUGCUUGUGAAUUGUACUUUGAAAAUUAUCGUAAUUGUCAAGACUUUUGGCAAAAAGUAGUGGCUGAUCGUAAAAGAAAAAAUGUCACACCUUAUCUUCCGAUUCCAGAAGAUCGAGAAAAUGUAAAAAACGAAUACAUUAAAUUAGGUUUUAAAUAAAUUAAUAAAUGAUAUAUGCAUGCAUUUGCAUAUAUUUUAGCAAUAACGUUUCAGUGAUCAAUCAUUUAAAUUUUGCCAAUUUCCUUUAAGUAAAAAUGUAUUAAUUUAAAAUAAA